CCCCAGUAGCAAUCACGACGUAUUUUCUGAACGCACCCGCUCAAAUCCCUUACGUAGUGCCCUUCUGCCCUUUGCCUUGUCCAACUGACCUUGUGCCGCCACCUAUUUAUCAGGCCGCAACCCCCGCUCCCUGUCCUUGCGUCCAAUGCACUUCGCAUAUUUACAAUAGUCACUUGGCCGCCCCAAAUACGUUGAUCGUCAAUAGAUUCACCGAAAUCAAUUACUUCGAUCAUCAGGUGAACGCUAACGCAACUACACCGGACAAAUUGGUCGCUUACGAUAUGAGAGGAAGCGACGAGCUACUGUCACAGUCAAACGUCUCAGUGAUGGCACCAUCUGCACCGCACUCAGAUAAUAAUAAUCAAGAAAAUGCUAAAAAGGUGAAAUUGGAGCAAAAUGUGGGUAAACCCUCAAGGGUGAUACACAUCAGGAACAUUCCUAACGAGGUGACGGAGGCCGAGAUCAUCCACUUAGGCAUACCCUUCGGCAGGGUGACGAACGUUCUCGUUCUAAAAGGAAAAAACCAAGCGUUCCUCGAAAUGGGCGACGAAACUUCUGCCACGUCUAUGGUCAACUACUUUUCAAGUUGUAUGCCUCAGCUUCGUGGCAGAGCGGUUUACGUUCAAUACUCUAAUCAUAAAGAACUUAAAACGGACCAGACGCACUCCAACGCUGUAAGUCGUUUCUUUAAGUAUCUGUUUUCAUAAUUAGAUUACGAUUAG